CGGUCUACGUGGUUUUUCCGAUUUCACGGAAUAAAUAAAAAUAAAUUACUACUCAAUGCUUACGUAAUUUGAACCAUUUAAAACUUUACUAUAUACUGAAAUAAGUGCAUUAGUGUCAAAAACUUACGUUUUGUAUUGUUUAAAUUAGUUUUGUGAAUAAAAAAAAACUUUCAAUAUGUUACCAAUAAAAAAAGAACUUAAACAAUAUUUAUAUUCUCGUAAUAUUACCGUCAGGGAAUUUGAACCAGCAAUGUCUCAGCCCCGGAAGGUGAUCCACCUUCCCAAGCUCAGGAUGGUCCGCGGACGGACCAGUGGCAGCGGUAUCCGCAUCACCAAUGUGCAGACUGUCAAGCCUCCAGACCCUGAGCUGGUGAAGCAGCAGGAGGAAAACAGGCUCCGGGCUCAGUUGCAAAAGGAGAUCGUGUCUCGGUCGCGGAGCUGCAGCAAUAAGAGCUAUGAGUGUUUUCUGCCGGUCGUCACGGGUCGCCAGUUCUGUGCGAGGCACAUUUUACAGGACCCGACCGCGCCGUACAGGCAGUGUGGCCACACCAGCGGCGGUUCUCGAUGCUCGCUCCCCGCUCCCGCUCCGCCCGCCGGCUCUGAACAACGUGACCAGCGGGACCAAGGGCUGUGCUACCAGCACGCGCGCUCCGCCGCCGCGGCGCGCGCGCGGGGCUCCGCGCCGCCGCCGCCCGUGUCCACCACCGAGACCUUGCUGCACCAGCUCACACACUAUGUCAGAAAUGAGCGAACGAGAACGACGUCGUGUGCGUCAGCUGUCUCUGUCGUAAGCGAACCGGAGGUAGACACCUCUACCCCGGAAGCCGCGGACCCAUUUAAACAAAUCGACGCAACAGCAGUGAACGCGUCUUUCUCAACCUCUAUAAUGGAGUGCUGUAGUGCGAGCGACAGCGACGCGGACAGUCUGACGGCGGGGCCCGAAUAUGAGGACGCGCUCUCGGACUAUGAGGAUAGCACUGUAGAAGACUCGCCGCUAUGGCGAGCUGGCAUUUACACCGCCGAAGAGGCAGUAUCAGAAGCCAAAAACGCUUUAAUGUCUCUACAGAGCGCUUACAUCCGCCAGAUGUCGCAUCUACGGUGUUUAUUACAAACUGCGAGACUAAAAUAUUUAAGGGAACUGAAGACGGAAAAGGAAUUGUAUUGCAGUAUUAACGCGCAGGCCCGAAGUGCGCCUCUGACAGUGCGUGAAAGAAGACAACUGCGCAAACUCAAGUGUUUCGCCGGCUACCACAGGAAACAUGGCCAGGAUGCAGUGCUGGCUAGGAAACUUCAAAGAAAGCGGGCCAAGGUGAACCUGGUGGCUAAUCGUCCCGUGCCUUCCCACGCUCGCUGCACGUUCGCCGAGGGCAGCAUGCGGUGCGCGAACAACGUGGUCCCUGCCGCCAAACACUGCCUCAAACACAUCAUGAACGACCGCCACCAGGUUCUGUUCACGGCAUGCGGCGAUGUGAGAGGUCUCAGUCCGUGCGGUGAACCCGUAGCGCGCUUACCUCUGCCUUCGGCCGCGUGUAGGCACCAUACCAUGCCGCCUACUUACACAGUCUUCACUCUCAAGAAGGACGAGUCAGACAGCGAUGACUCCCACUCGUCAGGAGCGUGACCCUCGGGCUCCGGCCUCGCGCCGCCGCAGGGGCUCCUCAGCUCCGACUCCGACUGAAAUCCAAAUGGAACCCCAUGGAUCCCACCGAUAAAAAAAAAAAAAUCAUUUAUUCAUGUACCAAAAAUAGCAGUUAUAAACAGGCCAUAAACUAUAUUAACACAAAAAAGGCUUCACCAUAUCCGUGCCUGAACUAGGGAGAUCCUGUAUCUCAGGCAGAAAAAAUAACUUACAAACUAAAACAGGGAAAUUAUUUGAUAAUAUCAUGUGCAUUGCAUAGGUAUUCAACUAAAAAAUAAAUAAAUUACAUUACAGAUUUAUAAAUAGAGUAGGUUACCUAUUUAAAACUAUCAUAAUUCUAAAAGUACAGCAAAAAAAGAUGGUAAGCCAUAUGUAAUACUUAAUGCUUAUUAGCAUUUUGAUGAGUCAACAGUUGUAAUUUAUCGCAUCAGCCGAUACUACUAUCAUUCAUCUUACUAUCCUUGCAUUAUCCCGGCAUUUUGCCACGGCUCAUGGGAGCCUGGGGUCCGCUUUGACAACUAAUCCCAAGAUUUGGCGCAGGCACUAGUUUUACGAAAGCGACUGCCAUCGGACCUUCCAAC